GGGAUGGACAAAAAAAAUGAAACAGAAUGAGUGGAAAAAACGCACACGCUGAGAACACAGUACAGAGUGACAGUACAGAGGGGUGUGUGUGCGUUCAAGGCGCGCAAGACUAAUACAGAGUUAUAUUAAUGGAUGUUUUACCUUCACCAUUUUGAGAUCGCAUUGGAAGUAUUAUUUUUUGGCUUUUAUUAUUUAAUAACAAGCAUUGUGGAAGGACGUUUUUCGUUUUGUCAUAUUUAUUGUAAAAUUGCUCUCGGGGAUGUGACUGUACGGAUCUGAAGCUUUUCACGGAAAACAGAUACAUGUGUGACAUUAGCAUGUGUGGAUAAAUGUCAGCUGUGUGUUUUGAUUUCAAGAAGAAUUGCAACAUUGGAUGUUUUAAAGACAUUUCCCUUUGAAACGAACUGGACUUGAACACAGUUGUCAUGGCCAAUAUGAAGUCUCGCAGUGAAGAUGAGGAUGAUGAACGUCAUUCUACGGAACCUGACAGCAGAGACCCCAAGAAUUCCAAAAAGACCCUGUGCAAAAUUAAAUGGUCCCGGGAUGAGGAUGAGAAGCUAAAGAAGCUUGUUGAGCAACACGGAACUGGCGCUUGGAAAUCAAUCGCCAAUUAUUUCCCAACAAGGACAGAUGGUCAAUGUCAGCACCGUUGGCAAAAGGUGCUCAACCCAGAGCUGGUGAAAGGACCCUGGACAAAAGAGGAGGAUCAGAGGGUGAUUGAGCUGGUUCACAAGUAUGGGCCCAAACGGUGGUCAGUGAUUGCCAAGCACUUACAGGGCCGCAUAGGCAAGCAGUGCCGAGAGCGCUGGCACAAUCACCUCAACCCAGAAGUGAAGAAAUCCUCCUGGACCCAGGAAGAGGAUCGUAUUAUCUAUGAAGCGCAUAAACGUCUGGGCAACCGCUGGGCUGAGAUCUCAAAGCUGCUUCCUGGACGGACAGACAACUCCAUUAAGAAUCAUUGGAACUCCACCAUGCGCAGGAAGGUGGAACAUGAGGGUUACUUGCAGGAGGGCAGCAAGAGCUACAGCAGUGACCCUGGCCAGAAGAAACACCCCAAAUCCAGUCCAUCUGUGGAAUAUCAACAUGACCAGAAUCAAAUGAUCAUGAGUGGCCAAUCACAGCCACCCAGAUAUCCGUAUGGUUCACAAAGUGGCCAGUGUAUGGAAAACAUUAGUGUCGAGAUCUCUAGCUUUAUGUCGCCAUGCCAUGAUGACCCAGACAAAGAGAAAAGAAUUAAGGAGCUAGAGCUGUUGCUAAUGUCAGCUGAAAGUGAAGUCAGAAGACAGUUGGGCCCUCGUAAUCCAGAGAGCUUCUCCAGCUGGUCGGACAGCCUUCCCGAUGAUACUGUCACCACCGCAGAGAGUGUGGAGGACAGAGGGGUCGAGCUGUGUCGUUUAGAGGAGGGCCAGCCUGCUGCGAUGCCUCUGCCUGUCUCUCCCAGCAAGUUCCUGGCUGCUGAGGCCAGUGCUGUGCUGUCCACUCUAGAGACCAUCCCAGAGUUUGCAGAGACCAUGGAGCUUAUUGACUCGGAUCCUUUGGCUUGGAGUGAUGUGACCAGCUUUGAUCUCACUGAGGGAGGCCCCUCCCCGAAGGCCACUAACCCCACUGAUGUUUGUACGACCCUGGAGAGGUGCACAGAAAGCCUGGCCUAUCCAAUAAAUGCUCCCACUGUCCCAGCGAUGAGCAGGCAGUGUGCCACGUUGAACCAGGGCAAGUCUGUGGCUCUCUCUAACACCUGCAUGAACAGAUUCAGCUCUCCACCACCGUCCAUCAUGAGAAAGAAGAGGAGAGAGAGAGGAGAUCAGUCACCUGCAGAUGAAAGGAGCUGUGCUUACAUAGACAACAGUGGGAACUCACCAAAAAACACCCCUGUCAAAGGCCUGCCAUUCUCACCCUCUCGGUUCUUCAAUGUGUCUGGUGGUGAGCCCUUGAGCCUCGACAAUCCUGCUCUUACAUCCACUCCAGUGUGUGGACAGAAAUGCCUCCUUAACACACCCCACCAGAGAGAGACCACACCAAAACACCAGAAGGAGAAUGCAGGUUUUAGGACUCCAAAACUCCAUAAGAAUAUUAUAGUCCACACUCCAAGAACACCCACUCCUUUCAAAAACGCCCUGGCCGCCCAGGAGAAGAUGCAUGGCCCGUUAAGAAUGGUGCCCCAACCACUGGCACUUCUUGAGGAGGACAUCAGAGCGGUUCUGAAAGAGGAAACCGGGGCUGACAUCUUCACACAAGUGCAGAACCAACCUCAGUUCAGAUCUUAUGAGCAGAUGGAAGCUCCUGCAAGGAAAGUGAGAAAGUCUUUGGUAUUGGACAGCUGGGAAAAAGACUGUUUAAAUGUACAGCUGUUUCCCCAACAGCAGAUUAACAGCAAUGGAGCAUCUCAUAGUAACGACCUACUGACCAGAUCAAUGCUCAUGAUGCCAUUGACAGAGAGAGAGGAGAACUGUUGCUCUCCUGGAUCGCUGAAGGAAUCUUUUUCAAUAGUCCGCUCGCUUAGCCCACAGGACAAGAGAGAAAAUAUGACCCAAAGGAGCCCACCAUACCAAACACCCGCUCCGGCCAACAGCGAGUGGGAGGCGGUGGUUUUUGGGAAAACGGAGGAUCAGCUGAUCAUGACUGAGCAGGCCAGGCGUUACUUAAACACCAACCCUACCACCUGCAUUUCCAGAGCUCUCAUCCUUUAAACAUCACUACUGCACUACAGCAACCCUCCUCUAUUACACCGACAUUUAACCUCUCAGACAAUCUGGUGUAGGAAACAGAAACACUUACUAUGAUGUUUGCUAAACACCUACUGAUAUAACAAUGUUUAACAACAAAAAAAAAAGCUCGUAUGGAAAUGUAGUCAUAUGUAGUCAAAAUACAAAUAGCACUAGAUUUUCAGUAUUUAGCUAAUGGUUUUUAACAUUGCUAUUUUUAUCCAUUUUUAGCUGUAGACAGUGUGCUGAUUCUUAAGAGCUGCUUUUUUAAGAAGGAAAAAAUCAUAUGACAUUUUCAGAUAGUUUUAAGCUCUUUUGAGAGGAUUUUAGAGACUGGUGUUAAGGAUUGGGGAGCACUGGCAGUGUUGCACUACUGUGGUUGUUUGUUAGGGUGAGGAGCAGAGACAGUGUUGAGGAGUAACUGGAUAGCACUUGCAACGUAAUCGUUUCCGCUCCAAACGUAACAAAGGUUCCACCCCGAUUAUUUUAUGUUAUUUAA